AUGGCGGCCUGGGGCUGGCGCGAGGCGCUGGUGAUGGCAGGGCUGGGGCUCAUGGUCGUAUGCGUUGGUCACCUGAGUGGCGUUACACCGAUGGAUAACCUCCUGCAAACCAUUCAGUAUCCUUCACAAACCGCACAAUCCGCCUACAACAACCAGAACAUGGCGCCAUUGGGGCAGCUCCUCCCUCCCAACGUGAUGCAGCAGAUGGUUAGCUACCCGUACCAGUACAGAACGCCAGUCUAUCCUACGUCCAACUCACCUGCAAUGGGGUAUCCUCAGUACUAUCAACCUGCUCCUGUACCUCAGAUGUUACAAGGCGCACCGAUCUGCCCCAACAACGGUCAGCAAUGCAAGAAUGCUCUUUGCGAGGGAGAUAUGGGAUGCGUGCAGCAGGACCCGUCCGGACAACUCAGAUGCGCUUGUCCUCCUCCUCCUAGCACCACUGCAGCUCCCGAGACUACUCCUCCUCCUGUUGGCAGCCAGCAAUGGCUGCAGCAGCACGCAGUCCAGGCUCCUGGCCCUUCCCAGGCAGCGGCAGGGAUGAACUUGGCGACAUACGAGUCCGGCAACGUGGCACUGCAGCUGCAGAAAUAUCUGCAGAGCAGGGCAGACAAGGCAGAGGUCAAGUCAAAGAUCAUGGCGAUACAGUUGAAGGCACUGGAGAAAGCUCAACCCUGCCAUCUGGUCACUCUCGACGAUGGAUCGGUUCAGUGUGCAGACGAGAACAAGGCUAUGAAACCCACAUUGCUGCGAGAGCUGGCUGGUGGGACCCUCUUGGCUGGAAACUCGACGACGACUGCACCCAACGUGCAUCCUCUGUCCAAGAGUGAUGUCAACCAUCUCGCCAGCUUCCCUCUCACCCACUCGGAGAAGAAGAGCAUGGAUACCAUCACUGAGAAGGCAGCCAAGUAUUCCUCGGCCUCCUCCUUUGCCAGCAGCGUGAUUCUGCCUAUCGCCAUGUUCACCAUGGGCUUCCUCAACCUUCACUUCCUCUCCUAA